UUCAAGAUGGCGGAUGUUCUGUGAAGAGGGUAAAGAUUUGUUUCCAUUAAUAAGGAAUGUUUCCACUAAGUACGAAACAAUUUUCUGCUGCAUUCUUCGAUGUAAAACGUAAUGGUCAAGGUUAUAACGGAGAGGUCAGUUCAGUCGACAAGGAUGCAGCUAAGAAACUACUUAGGCCUCCCCACCUUUCCAAAACCGAGCUUUCUUCAAUUCCACAAUCCCAUCGUCUUGGGAACGUAAUGUGGGAUUUCAUGAAGAAUUGUACGACAGGAGAAUUGCAACUGUCUACCCAUCAUUUUAAGUCUAAAGGAGACUCGCGAAUUUUAUCGCAAAGAGCACCUGAACAAUCAUGUUCUUCAGUUUUUCCGGAAUUUGAGAUACAUCGCGUGACUUCAGAACGUAAAACGUCCGAAAAAAAAGCGCGACAGAGUGUGAACAAUUUUAAAUCAUCAACAUUAAUCGAAAUACAAGCUUUUCACACGACCCCUUCGAUAAAUGGUACAGGUUCUUCUCAAAACACUGUUCGUUGUAUGCAAGCAGAAGCACAAAAAAGAGAUUUUCUCCAGCAAUCUAGCCACGAAGAAGCAAAUGUUUCCAAUGAGGUUUCUGUUAACAGCAAAUUAAGUAAAUCUGGAGGAACAUUCAACUUGGACAGUGACAUAAAAUCUUCAGAGUCUGAAUGCCAUAUUGUCCCAGAUGAUUUUGACGAGGAAUCAAAGUUAAGUACAGCUUGCAACAUACCAAGUCAAACCAGAGCAGAUGUUGAUGAUAGUUAUGGCAAAGAAAGUUUCCAAAGUGAUUUGGUCUGUAAUGGUGAUUGCAGGUUAACCAAUGGAGAGAUUUCAAACCUUAAGGAUUUGACUGCACCAUCCAUUUAUCAUGCUGUUGGCAUUGAAGAGGAUGAUUUUGUUGGAAAAAAGAAAUUUUUAGAGAGAUUCCUUGAGAGAGAACUGCAAAUCAAGCCUUUGACUGUGGUAAAGGGUUGCAAUUAUAGCCAAAAGCCAGUUUCAAAUCUUUUUACCAUAAAUCUGAGCUUAGACACAGUGAUGUCCGUUCUCUGCACUGAUGGGAAAGAUUCAAGGAGUGCUGAACAUAGUGACAUUGAUGUAUGUGGGAAGAUUGCUAUUCUGUAUGGCAUCCAGGAUAAAACGGUUUCAGUGGUUGAUUUUGAGGUUGUAGGAAUGUAUGAUUACAUUUCAGGAGCUGUGUAUGGAUUGCAGGGAUUCUGUCAUGAUGAAUCUGUAUAUCAGUCAAAGGAUGAGAAGUAUCCCCUUUCAUCAAGAGAAGUGAGUUUGGACCUUGACAAAUUCUUAGCUCAUUUUCAACAAAAACUGAGAUCAUUGUCUCACCAUGUUGACAAUGACAAUGUGUUAAAGGAACACUCUCCUGUUGCCUGGUUACUGAUCUCACCAGCUCUUGGAGUGACCCUCGACUGGCAGGUACAAGAGAAAGUUCUAGAAUUUAUAGAAACUUUGUCUUCAGAAGAAUUUUCUGAAGAACAAGCAUCUGACAUUAAUAACAAAGGAUGUUUUUCAAUCCAGUGGUACAAUCUGUUGGUAGUAGUUGACGAAUAUCGUUGUUGUGAGAAAAAUAUUCCGCUAAUUGAGGUAUUUGAGUUCGGUGCAAAUGGUGAUGUAAAUGUUGUCAACUUUGAUUUAAGUUAAAUGAUUAUUUCUUGUGAAACAAGCCCAAGUAAAGAAUGGAGCAGUUGAAGUAUUACUGGUAAUGCUGUGGUUUAAUAUAUCACUGCCUAAAGUAUAAAUUAUAUUAAUGCA